AUGCGUCGGCGUUGUUGUUGACAUUUCAACUGUUUUAAGAAAAACCUGAAAGUAAAAAAAAAAAAAACAGUUUUAGCCGAAGCCCUUGCUGUCAUGGUGAUGUUUCCAAAUUCACUGACGGAAGAAGAGGAGGCUUUGCAGAAGAAGUAUGCCAAACUGAAGAAAAAGAAAAAGGCGCUGCUCGCCCUGAAGAAGCAGAGUUCAACCAACCAGACAAACCAGAGUGGUUUGAAACGAACUCUGUCAGACCAGCCUGUGGUUGAUACGGCAACAGCCACAGAACAAGCCAAAAUGCUCAUUAAGUCUGGUGCCAUCAGUGCUAUUAAGUCCGAGAACAAGAACUCGGGAUUCAAACGUUCUCGAAUGCUGGAAAUCAAACUGAAGGAUCCAGAAAAAGGUCCAGCUCCUGCUUUCCUACCCUUCCAGAGGAGUGUGUCUGCAGAUGAUGACCAACCGGAGUCUGGAAAGCGAGCCAACAGGAAGUCUCUGUAUGAGAGCUUCGUCAGCUCAAGUGACCGAUACCGGGAUGAGGAUGAAGGAGGCAGCGUGCCGUCCAGCCAUGACACGGACCGAGACCGAGAUUUGGACAGAGAGUGGGACAGAGACAGAGAACGGGAACGGGAUUGGGACAAGGAUAGAGGCAGGGACAGAGAGAGGGAGAGAGACAGGGACAGAGAAAGAGACCGGAGCAGAGAGAGAGAACGAGAACGGGACAGGGACCGGGACAGAGACAGAGAUGGACCUUUCAGACGAUCAGACUCGUACCCUGAGCGAAGAGGCGUGAGAAAGGGGAACACGGUGUACGUUUACGGCUCGGGGCUCGCCGAGGACAGCCUGCGCUCCACCUUCUCUCAACACGGAAGCAUCAUCGACCUCUCGAUGGACAACCCUCGCAACUGCGCGUUUAUAACGUUUGAGAAGAUGGAGUCUGCAGACCAGGCUGUAGCUGAGCUGAACGGCGCCGUGGUGGGAGACGUCCAGAUCAGGGUCAGCAUCGCCCGGAAGCAGCCCAUGUUGGACGCGGCCACCGGCAAAUCCGUGUGGGCCUCUCUGGCCGUGCAGAACAGCACCAGAGGUUCGUACAGGGACAAGAGGAACCAAGUGGUGUACAGCGAAGACUUCCUGGGCUGA